GCGCACACAAAGACUGUGGAGGAAGUUUUGGCUUAUUUCGGCGUCAACGAAAGCACCGGGCUCAGCCUGGAGCAAGUGAAGAAGCUGAAGGAGAAAUGGGGCUCCAACGAGUUACCGGCUGAGGAAGGAAAAACCUUACUUGAGCUUGUGAUUGAACAAUUUGAAGACUUACUAGUUAGAAUUUUGUUGCUGGCAGCUUGCAUAUCUUUUGUCCUGGCCUGGUUUGAAGAAGGUGAAGAAACAAUCACAGCGUUUGUAGAGCCUUUUGUAAUCUUACUUAUAUUAGUAGCCAAUGCAAUUGUAGGAGUGUGGCAGGAAAGAAAUGCUGAAAAUGCUAUUGAAGCUCUUAAAGAAUAUGAACCAGAAAUGGGCAAAGUGUAUCGACAGGACCGAAAAAGUGUACAGAGGAUUAAAGCAAGAGACAUUGUCCCAGGUGAUAUAGUAGAAGUGGCAGAGAUGGUGGAAAAGAUACUGUACAAGAAACAGGAACUCUUUGGGAUGGAAGUUGGGGCUACAGGUUUGCUUACAGACGUCUGUGAUAUAAGAAUUACUUCGAUCAAAUCUACAACUCUAAGGGUAGACCAGUCCAUUCUCACAGGUGAAUCUGUGUCUGUUAUUAAGCAUACUGACCCUGUGCCUGAUCCUCGUGCCGUAAACCAGGACAAGAAGAACAUGCUUUUUUCUGGUACUAAUAUUGCUGCUGGUAAAGCUAUGGGAGUAGUUAUUGCGACAGGAGUAAACACUGAAAUUGGCAAAAUUCGUGAUGAGAUGGUGGCUACUGAGCAGGAGAGAACCCCGCUCCAACAGAAACUGGAUGAGUUUGGAGAGCAGCUGUCUAAAGUCAUCUCUCUUAUCUGCAUCGCUGUUUGGAUAAUAAACAUCGGUCACUUCAACGAUCCGGUUCACGGUGGCUCCUGGAUCCGAGGUGCUAUCUAUUACUUCAAAAUCGCUGUUGCUCUUGCUGUUGCUGCUAUUCCUGAGGGUCUGCCUGCUGUCAUUACCACCUGCUUGGCUCUUGGAACCCGGAGAAUGGCCAAGAAGAACGCUAUUGUUAGAAGCCUUCCCUCUGUGGAAACCUUGGGGUGCACCUCAGUUAUUUGUUCUGACAAGACUGGUACGCUGACCACAAAUCAGAUGUCAGUCUGCAGGAUGUUUGUCCUGGACAGAGUAGAAGGAGAUAGCUGUUCUCUGAACGAAUUUACUGUAACUGGUUCGACAUAUGCUCCCAUGGGAGAAGUGCACAAAGAUGACAAACUUAUUAAAUGUAGCCAGUAUGAUGGCCUUGUGGAACUCGCAACGAUCUGUGCGCUCUGUAAUGAUUCCUCUUUGGAUUACAAUGAAGCUAAGGGAGUAUAUGAAAAAGUUGGUGAAGCCACAGAAACGGCACUUACCUGCCUGGUUGAAAAGAUGAAUGUGUUUGACACAGACUUGAAAGGACUUUCUAGAAUUGAACGUGCAAAUGCUUGCAACUCGGUGAUAAAACAACUCAUGAAGAAAGAAUUCACUCUGGAGUUCUCAAGAGACAGAAAGUCUAUGUCUGUCUAUUGUACACCAAACAAACCAAGCCGCACGUCCAUGAGUAAGAUGUUUGUUAAGGGUGCUCCUGAAGGUGUGAUUGACAGAUGUACGCAUGUCCGUGUUGGAAGUGCUAAAAUACCAUUAACCUCAGGAAUUAAGCAGAAAAUAAUGUCUGUCAUUAGAGAGUGGGGAACUGGUAGAGACACACUGCGUUGCUUGGCUCUGGCAACCCAUGAUAAUCCCCCCAGGAAAGAGGAAAUGAAUCUUGAGGACUCCUCAAAUUUCAUUAACUAUGAGACCAACUUGACCUUUGUCGGCUGUGUGGGGAUGCUGGAUCCCCCAAGAAUUGAAGUGGCUUCCUCUAUAAAGCUGUGCAAACAAGCUGGUAUCAGAGUCAUCAUGAUUACUGGUGAUAACAAAGGCACAGCAGUAGCUAUUUGCCGUCGCAUCGGCAUCUUUGUAGAAGAUGAAGAUGUUUCCACAAAAGCCUUUACUGGUCGCGAGUUUGAUGAACUCUCACUUCCUGCUCAGAGAGAUGCUUGCCACCACGCCCGCUGCUUCGCUCGUGUAGAGCCUUCCCACAAAUCGAAAAUCGUGGAGUUUCUUCAGUCUUUUGAUGAGAUUACAGCUAUGACUGGUGAUGGUGUCAACGAUGCCCCUGCGUUGAAGAAAGCAGAAAUUGGAAUUGCUAUGGGUUCUGGUACUGCAGUGGCUAAAACUGCUUCUGAAAUGGUCUUGGCAGAUGAUAAUUUCUCAACUAUUGUAGCUGCUGUGGAAGAAGGACGUGCCAUUUAUAACAACAUGAAGCAGUUCAUCCGUUACUUGAUCUCCUCCAAUGUUGGAGAAGUUGUUUGUAUCUUCUUGACUGCUGCCCUGGGUUUUCCUGAAGCUUUAAUUCCUGUCCAACUGUUGUGGGUAAACCUUGUGACGGAUGGUCUCCCUGCUACUGCUCUGGGCUUUAAUCCUCCUGAUCUUGAUAUUAUGAAUAAGCCACCACGCAACCCUAAAGAGCCACUGAUCAGUGGAUGGCUCUUCUUCCGUUACCUAGCUAUUGGAUGUUAUGUUGGUGCUGCCACAGUGGGUGCUGCUGCUUGGUGGUUUAUUGCUGCUGAUGGUGGUCCAAGAGUUACCUUUUAUCAGCUGAGUCACUUUCUGCAGUGCAAAGAGGACAAUCCAGACUUCUCUGGUGUUGACUGUGUGGUUUUUGAGUCUCCAUAUCCAAUGACAAUGGCUCUUUCUGUACUUGUCACCAUAGAGAUGUGCAAUGCUCUCAACAGUCUGUCAGAAAACCAGUCCUUGAUGAGGAUGCCCCCAUGGGAGAAUAUCUGGCUGGUGGGCGCCAUUUGCUUGUCCAUGUCACUCCACUUCCUUAUCCUUUAUGUGGAACCGCUGCCUAUUAUCUUCCAGAUCACGCCUUUGAACGUGACGCAGUGGCUGAUGGUGUUGAAAAUCUCACUACCUGUCAUUCUGCUGGAUGAGACACUUAAAUAUGUGGCCCGUAACUACCUGGAACCUGGUAAAGAUAGUGUGCGGCCUGCCACCAAACCCUGCUCCUUGUCAGCAUGCACCGAAGGAGUGUCCUGGCCGUUUGUGCUCAUUACUCUGCCCCUGGUUAUCUGGCUUUACAGCACAGACACUAACUUUAGUGAUAUGUUCUGGUCUUGACUGACACGGUGACAAGUUUUACAUUCAAAGAAAAAGUUUAAAUUAAUUUUUUUAUUGUUUAGAGCAACUGUCUAUUUCUGCUGAAUUUUCACAUGAACAUAUUUGCCGGUGAUGGAGGUUUCAUAAUCUAGAUUUUGGUUUUUUUUUGCUUUUUCUGACUUCAGUGGGGGCAAUAUAUUCCUCUUUUAUACACAGUUAAAGUGUCCAUUGACAUGUACAGAGAACUAACACUAUUUUAUGCAAAUAUUUUUUUGUAGAUGAAAAGCAUGUACAGUGUUCUGUUCAAUAGUCUAUUCAUCAUGUAAAAAAAAAUUUUUUUUGAGCCAGCGGACACUAUCGAACUAAAUUGGCAGCAGAUUUUAGGGAAUGAAUGUGUGUUGUCUAAAACUAAAAAAGCAUGUUACUGUUUGUCUUCUGCAUGAUCAUCCAAACUUAAUUUGUCAUAAAGUCAGGUUUUAUUCAUAAGCAGAACUUUCUGCACUGAGUAGAGAGUACUGCUGCCUCGGUCAGGAUUUCUUCUUGGUUUCCCCUCUUCCUUUUCCCUCACUCUUGGUUCUUGCCUGUCCUUGUUUACACCAGUUUCUGUAUGAGGUAUGCCUAAUCUUGCUCGUGCAGAAAAUAUCAUUCCAGGUGCAGCCUGCUGGGGUUCUUCAUACUCUCAACACACGUAGGGUUGUCUUUUUUUUUUAAGAUUAUUUAUUUAAGUGUCUAUUGUAUUUUAUUGUAACAGACCUUACUUUGCCAGUGUUGCCCAUUAUGCAGGGAUAGGGAGGGCUACUUCUGUCUACUUAAAUCUAAACCAAGCCUUUUUAACAAACACAACCUAUUUUAAUUCAAAAGAGGGUUUGAGUUGGGUUUUAAUACCUUAUUUACGUGUGUCAGAUCCUUUCUCUUUCUUCCCACCCCCUCUCACCCCCCCAAGAUCAAAACUUGUAACGAGACCUGGGAAAAUAACUUGCACUGAAUAGCAAGAAAUUGGAUUUCCUACACUUAGGGCACUAACGAUCAGUUGUGUACAUGGAGUUACUCUGCUGGCCUGUCAUUAGCCUGACUUGAAGUAACAAGCUCGUGUGUGUUUUUUGUAAAAUCUGUAAAUAGCACAUGACCAAAUUGAACAUAUUGUAUAGAACUAUUUUUAUUUUAAUGUGGCACUAACCACCUUCAUUAUUACGGUAAAUGUUAAAGCAUGUUUUCAAAUUCAGUCCUGUAUCAACAACGUGUAAGUCAUUAACAGUCCUAACUGUGGUGUUUUUCUCCAAUGCCUUCCAACUUUCAUCGACUAAACAAUACUGGAGUAAUCGCUUCCUAAACAAUUUUGCAGAAAUGUAAGGUUGUUUUGUUGCGUGCAUGUGUUUUUUAGCAACACAUCUACCAAAACUUCUGCAUGUAUCAUGUGUAAAGAUUCUUUGCUUUCCCUAAAACAAAACUCAUUGUGUUCUCUGUGGAAGAAACGUGUGGUACCAUUAGGACUUCAUUAUACAGAUGUACAAACGUGCAAUAUAGCUUACCGAAUUGGGAGCUCUCUCCGGAGAAGUUUGGUUUCUGUGCUGCGUGGAGAAGAGUUUGUUUAUCUUUGAACAAGAAUCGCGGAGCUGUCAGCCAGUUUUCCAUAUUUCUGUAUGUAAAACGUCAGUUUAUACAAUGUACGAUAUCAAAAUACUGCAUGCCUUGGGUUGUAGACAAAUCUUUCUCUGUAUUGUAUCAUCCAGACAUGCUACUAACAGCUUAUGUACAAUGCUAUCCUAUUUAUAAAAUUCAUUGAGAAGAUUACAGAUGAAUGUCAAACCGUAAGCCUCCAGUGCAUAACUCUGGAUUUUUUUUAUCGUGUGUGCAAAUCGACCUCCUCUGCACUGUAACGUAACUUAUUUAAAUCGAAGGCAGUAAGACAGAUGUUGGUGCAAUACAAAAUAUUGUGAUGCGUUUAUCUGACAGACGACUUUUAGCCAGUCACCACAGCUGCAUGUGUGACCUCCAGGAGUUGUAAAUAAGAUCAGUUGUCUCUUGACAUGCUGACAGUAAGAAGCAUCACACCUCGUUUUCAUUUGUAGCGGGUAAAUAAAUUUAUUCUACAAUACCUACUCUGCGUGUUAUUUCAUGCACUUUGUUCUCUGCAGGUACACGCGUACAUACUUCAGCGCUCUCUUGCAUUCAUGCCAGGAUGGCACUUUUAGCACCACCACCACCACCAUUGCCAUCUUUCCUCUUAGAACUAUGCAGAUGCCAGCCGCUCUUCGGCAGUAUCGACCUCCUCGCUGGUGUGACUUCCUCUGUCCAGGGCUUGUGUGUGUGUUUAAGGGACACUGUCAAGUACUUUGAUCACUUGAUUAUUUUUUUUUUUAAAUGCUCCAUUGUUUGUAAAAUCCCUCUGAGAAACUUAAAAUAAACAUUUCUUUCCCAACUA